GGAGCGUGCACAGUGAGAUUCCUCGGCGGGGCUGGCAGCGGCUGCUGGGCAUGCUCAGUGGGCAGGACCCGUUAGAGUGGCGAGUAAGGAAGCGUUGGCUCCUCUCCGGGUCUGCUUUCCCCGGUUCAGGCCCCGGCCCUGGGCUUUUGUGUGCACGGAGCUGCGGCGGCCGUCGCCGCCGCCUCGCGGGGCCGCUCGGCCCCAGAUGCCGUCUGGCCUGUCCGGUUUCCGCCUUUAACCUCGCCGCGCGGCCGGAGGAGGGGCGGGGCGGGGCCAGGAGGCCGGCGGCCCGGCGGGCAGCAGGGCCCGGCCCGGGGUGGGGGUGGGUGCUGGGAGUCCCGCGGGGGGUGGGGGGAGGGGGCGGGCGCGGAGUCACGGGGGUGGGGUCACCGGCGGUGGCUCCGGGAGGCCAGCUGGGAGGGGAGGGGGCCGCGGGGGCGGCUCGGCGGAACCAGCCCCGGCUGGGGAGCAGCGGCGACUCUGGGGGCCCGGGCCAGGGCUUUCCGGGCUUCGGUGAGGCCGCUGCGGGCCCCAUCUUCCGGCGGUCGCCGGAGUGUGAGGUGAUUGUUGCUGCCACCGCCCUGGCUGCCAUCUCCUCCUCCUCCUGGGCCGCCGCCGCCUCCUCCUCCUCCUCUUCCUCCUCCUCCUGGGCCGGGCUGAUCCCCUCCCCGCUGCCGCCUCCUCCUGGGCUGGGCCCACGGUGUCUCGUCCCCUCGCGGAGCCGCUCCUGCCGCUGCCGCCGCCGCCGCCGCCUCCUCAUUCAUCCUCGUGCACCAUAG